AUUCUCCCCCAAUUCUCUCUCUCUCUCUCUCUCUCCAUAGAGAUAUGCUUCUCCAAGAUUCACAUCGCGUAUAUGUAAUCUCCAUGUAUGUAUGAGUAUGAAUAUGAAUUGAAUUGUAACGUUAUAUAUAUCCUACCCAAAAUCACUAUACAUAUAUAUAUAAAUCGAAUCGAAAAGGAAAAAGAUUGCUUGCAGAAAAUCAAUUGAUUUCCAUUUCCAAGGCGGGUUCUUGUUCCUCCUCCUCUCAGGGUUUAAGAGCAAAUGGGGAGGGGAGGAAAGGUUGGGAGCAAGCCAUGUGGUAAGAGAAGAAUUCAGUCCAAAGACAAUGGAUCAGAUGAAUCCGAUGAGGAUUACACAGUGGGGGGAGAUGAAGAAUUCAAUGAUUCUGAGGAUUACACUUCUUUUACUGGGGAGGAAUCAGAAGAGAGUUUAGGUGAAUUUGAAGAAGAGGAGGAUGAGGUGGAACAGAAAGUGAGGAAGGCCAGUAGGUCAAAAGGGCGAAAGGCUUUUAUGGGUAGGAAGAAAAAUGGCGUUGGAAAGGCACGCAAGAAAAGAAAGGUUUCAUAUAAAGUAGAAGAUGAUGAGGAUUUCGAAGAUGAGGACGAAGAUGAGGAUUUUGAAGUGAAAAGUGGCAUUGGAAAGGCACGCAAGAAAAGAAAAGUUUCGUAUAAAGUGGAAGAUGAUGAGGAUUUCGAAGAUGAGGGUGAUGAUGAGGAUUUCAAAGAGAAAAAUGGUGUUGGAAAGGCACGCUAUAAAAGAAAGGUUUCAUAUAAAGUAGAAGAUGACGAGGAUUUCGAAGUUGAGGAUGAUGAGGAUUUCGAAGAGAAAAAUGGCAUUGGAAAGGCACGCAGUAAAAGAAAGGUUUCAUAUAAAGUAGAAGAUGAUGAGGAUUUCAAAGAUGAGGGAGAUGGUGAGGAUUUUGAAGAGAAAAAUGGCAUUGGAAAGGCACGCAAUAAAAGAAAGGUUUCAUAUAAAGUAGAAGAUGAUGAUGAUUUCAAAGAUGAAGGUGAUGAUGAGGAUUUCGAAGAUGAGGGCGAUGAUGAGGAUUUCGAAGAUGAGGGUGUUGAUGAUGAAGAUGAUGAUGAAUUUGCACCAGAUGAAAUUGAUUUAUAUGAUGAAGAUGAGCUGGCAGUCGGGAAGAAGAAUAAGAAGGUGAGGAGACCUUUCCUGGAAAAUGGUCAUGUCAAAGGGCGAAAGAGGAAGAGGAAUUCUAAGGUUAUUAAAAAGCCUAUGAGAAAGAAACUAACAAAGAGUCGCGGUUUGCGGAGAAACUCCGUUGCUGGUAAUGAUGGGGCAUUCACAGAGAAGAAACCAGUUGUAAAAGAAAGGAAUAAGAAGAACUCUGGUCAGAGAAAUAGGAGAAUCAUGAGAGACUCUGAUCCAGAUUUCGUGAGCUCUGGAUUAUCUGAUUUUGACUAUACUAUAUCUGAGGAAGAAAGAGAACAGGUGAGAGAGGCCAGCAAAUUUUGCAGAGAUUUGACUACUGCUUUGAGGAGUUCUUUUUCGACAAAGAGAUCACAAGAAGGGGGGGUUUUGUUUCAUCAUCAAAGAAAACGUUCAGGAAGAAAGGGUAAGGGGAAGGUAGAGGAUUUGAAAAAUGAAGCAGUGUGUGGGAUCUGUUUUUCAGAAGAAGGGAAGAAGACCGUUCGAGGAACGUUAAAUUGUUGCAGCCAUUAUUUUUGUUUUACUUGCAUAAUGGAGUGGUCAAAGGUGGAAUCUCGUUGCCCUCUGUGCAAGCAACGGUUCGCUUCUAUUAGUAAGCCUGCAAAAUCAAAUACAGGGUUUGAUUUGAGGACUGUGGUGAUCCAAGUCCCAGAACGUGAUCAGGUUUAUCAACCAUCUGAAGAAGAACUUAGGGGUUAUCUGGACCCAUACGAAAACGUGACUUGUACGGAAUGCCAGCAAGGUGGUGAUGAUGCUCUAAUGUUACUUUGUGAUCUUUGUGAUUCACCGGCACACACUUUUUGUGUUGGACUUGGACGCGUAGUACCAGAAGGCAGUUGGUAUUGCGAAGGCUGUAGACCAACUGCUUUUGCUUCCUCAAAUCCACAAGCUCCAAAUCCUACGUCCGACCACAGAACAAUGAAUGAUUUUUCAGGCAGAUCAUCUCCUGUAGAGAACGUAAGGGAGGCUAUAGACCUCAACUCGGCAUAUGUACCCGAAACACCAUUGAAUCAUGGUACUGGGAUUUUUUCAUCUCCUAGACAUCCUGUUGGGGAUUUUCAAGCUGCUUCUCCGGUAUCAGGAACAGGGGUUUUAACUGUGUCAGUAAGACGAAGGAUACAGCGUCAGAUACACGAUCUGCUUAGUAACAGAAGUAGUAGAACUGUUGGAAUGUCAGCUUCAACUUCGGGAAAUAAUCUUUUGGGCUCUCAAAUAGAGCAGGGUAGGGAAGUAGCAUUUCAACAUGCAAUAACACCAGAAAGGUCAUCGUCUCAUCAACCCUUUUCCCAGGGAAGGUAUCAGGGAAAUUUCAUGCCUUCAGUCCAGAGUACUAGGGAUCUUUCUUCUGCGAGGUGGAGCCAUUCAAGGGGUCAACCAAUUCAAGGUCAGUCUUCUACAUCUGGUGCUGAUGGUUCUGCGAAUAGGAUGCUACAAGCUGGAUUUGCUGGGAUCAGUAGGGGUAUGAAUUCAAGAUUGGGUUACGAGCAACAACUCCAUCCAUGUGGCAGCAGAUCAAGCAUUGCUGAUGAUAGCAUCUCCCCAUAUAGAUAUAGAGAGGUGAGCCAAUUUAAUGUAGAAAAGGAACAAGUGCAAUCAAUGGUUAGAAGCCAUUUAAAAAGCUUAUCCAGAGAGAUGGAGUUAGGAUACAGUACCACCUUCAAGGACAUUGCAAGGAUCUCUACGCACACCAUAUUAGCAUCAUGUGGCAUUGAGCACCAGGCGAGUGAGGUUUAUCCUGUGCAGCCACCCUCAAUGUGUAACCAUGCUGAAGCAAUGGCCAGUGGACAGAUGAGCCUGAUGAAAGGUUUCUGCACAUCUUGUUUUGAUUCAUUUGUGAGGCGUGUAGUGAGGGAAAUCACGAACACACAAAGUGCCUCCUCCAUUGUUUAGGGUUAGCGAUUGAUGUUGUGAUAUGGCUCACCAUUCUUGCUGUCCAUUUGACUAUUUUUGCAUACACCAUUUUUACUAUAUUUUUUUUCUCUCUUUUCUGCUAGGAAUUAAGACAAAAAAAUCAUGGUUAAAUUAAAUUGUCUAUGUGGAUAAAUUACUGAUGGUGAAAACCAAUGGCAUUGUUGUUGUUUGGAUCAGUUCCAACAGUUAGGCAUUGAUUAGACAUAGAGAAGUAGAAUUAUUCUUGUUAUUAUUUCUCCUUUGAUUAUCAUAGAUUACUGACCUUGAAUAUAGAAGUUUUAUGUUGUUAUCAGAUCGGAAUAAGAGUUGAUCAUGGUUUUUAGACU